AUGAAUACAAUCCGAUCAACCUGGAUAGGCUGGGGGGCUCUCUGCGUCGCCGGCGGUGGAGCUUACUACUUUGCAAAGAAGUCGAUCAACGCCGACCGAGCCAGCAGACAUGAAGCCGAGAUGAGGCGCAAGGCCCAGCUCGCCGCAAUGGAAGCCGAGCACCGACGCCAACAAGCCGCUCUGAGUGAAUCGAUUACGCCACCGUCCCAAGAUCCGAGUUUGAAACGCGCGAAUCUAGCGCGUCUCCAGAAUGCCCCGGACGACGUAGCCUCCCCAAGUGAGGAAGUGGGCCAUGACCCUGCGCCAACCCGUCACGAGCCCUUGACGGAGGAAGAGCGACUUAUAGAGAAGGGGAAAUAUGAAGCUACGCGGCCGUUCAGACCGCCUAGAGGGGACCGGUUGUAA